AUGACACCAGGACAGACAAUUACCAUGUCUGGAUCUGUCACCACAUUGCCAGGAUCAACUAUUGUUCAAACCACUACUCUUCCCGCCGUCACCACGACAGAUAAACAAACGGUUCCAACAACUCUGCCCGGAGCAACAAUUGUCACUACCAUCACCAAGCCAACCACAACACUGCCUGGAUCGCGAUCAGUUGAGACUGUGUCGGUGACUGUCGUCCAUGGUACUACCAUUUUCAAUACACUAACAUUGGCUGGGUCUGAUAAAACUAUAUCCAUCACUGGUCCACCUGCAACUACAACUCAGACAGGAAACGCUGUGACAGUACCCGGAACCACCACAACGCUAUCCAUCUGUCCCACCCUCAGCAUCAACCCCACUUAUACUCCGGCCGCUCCGCUUCCAAGGAACUACACCUGGGGCUGCCCACCAGGCUACGUCUGUAAACCCAAACACACAGGUGCCGACGCAGGCUGCAACAUCGAAGCAGGUCUGCCAGCGGAGUCAUAUGUCUGCAGUCCGGACGAGUGUAUCAAGAGCCCGCCCUUCAUCCACGACCAGUACUGGGGCAUGCCAGUAGAGUCCAAUGAGAUCGGGUCAACCUACAACGUCUCAAAGGACUACUUCAACCUCGACCCAGAGAUCUUCGGUCUGAACUACUCCAUCUUCCGUAUCCCGGAUCUCAAGCCGGGCGACGACCACUACUACAUCCGGUCCUCUCGCCGGUCAUUGGGCAAACUACUCACCCGGCAGUCGAUUGGAGUAUCCACCGUGCCUGGCGCUUGCUUCGACGAAUGCAACGACGCAGCAUUAGAGGUUGUAUCCACCGGCAAGACACCGGAAAUCUGCAACGCCGGAUCGGCUUUCGACAUCUCCCUUGGUCACUGCGAGAAGUGCUGUAGCACUCACAAGACCGCUACCUCUGCCAGCUUUGAGCAAAAGGUUCUGCCGAACUUUCAGCAGUUUCUAAACUUCUGUAAGGGAUUGGGGAGUUCUUCGGCUACCACUGCUGCUGCGGAUACAGUCAGUUCGACUACCACCCGUAGCCGAGCGUCUACGACAACAGGAACAACAUCAACACAGACCGGCACCAAGGGUAACGAUGCGUCAAGCACAGCGGCAGCUACAAGCUCUGCUGAACCGACAGCAACGUCCUUACCGCCGUCUCAGCACGCAACUCCACCACACUCGACAACAGAGCAUGAGCCAGCCACCGCGAGUGAUACCGCUACCGGUACUGCGUCCAGUUCAUCAACCAGGUCAGCAACUGGUCCGGCUUCGGGAAAGACUCCACAAAGCUCUUCCACUAGCAGUGACACUGGUGAAAGCGGGGCGAAUUCAUUGUCUCACGGACUGACGGGUACACAUUCCGGAGCAAGUCCAUCUGCAUCCGGGUCACUUUCUACAGGCGCGGCAAGUCCCCAGACAGGGCCAUCUCAUUGGAGUAUUCUGGCUCUCGUGUUUGCAGUCGUGGGUUUCCAUAUUUGA